UCAAACCAUUCUGAUUCAUUAGUAGACAAUAGAUGUAAACAAACGAUUCAACUGCGCUUUCGUGUAUUCUUCGAAUUAAAUCUAGUUUUUACUCAACAUAAUCUAGCAAAAUGUUGGGGCUGCAAGCCUACGCCAGUGGAAGUAGCAGUAAUAGUAGCAGCAGUGACGAUUCAGAGCAGGAAGACCAACCGAACGAAAUCUCCGCGCCUAACAAAGCAACAGCUCCGAAGGAAGAAGAACUAAUACAUCUUAAACCUGCGGUUGACAGUUCCCUGUCCGUUGCUAAAUCCAUGCAGAUCUGUGCCGCCCCGCUAGUGGUUCCGACGGGUCAAGUUGAAGUAUCACGAGUGGUCGCAACCACUGUCAAAGAGCUGAACUACAAUCCACGCUAUGAGGAACUGUUUGCUCCGGUUGCUGGGCCAGUCAAUCCUUUCCUGACGGAUCAGAUGAAGGCUUCCAAGAAUAUGUUGACUGGAUUUGUUGAACAUGCUCACAUCAGUGACUUUCAGUUCGAAAAUCAGCGCAAAACGUUUCAUAGCUUUGGUUAUGCGCUGGAUCCGUCGGUGGAUGCGAACAGUGGUGGGAUGGUAGCGGAUGGUAUGGAAGGCCCAAGCUAUGUAGGACACUUGCAGGCUGCCUACGAUACGGAAGGGAAAACCGUGUUCGAAUCUGCCAAAGCGAAUCGCCCCGGUGACAAGCGAAAACGGCUGAAAAACGAUAAACCUGAGGACGUGGAAGGUUUUCUCGGUCCAUGGGGUAAAUUUGAAGACGAACAAACGGUUGCACGGCCGAGCGAACAGGAACGAGCCGAACUGGAAGAAAUGAUGGCUAAGAAACAACGCCGGAAUCGUGUUACCGAAGACAAGCCGAUUGAAGAAAAAUCGGUGCUGCAUAUCAAGGAUUCGGUCGAUUAUCAAGGUCGUUCAUUUCUGCACCCACCGCAUGAUGUGGGAGUUAACCUGCGGAAGGGUGGUGCACCGGAUCGAUGCUUCCUACCGAAGGCCCACAUCCACACCUGGACCGGUCAUACCAAAGGGAUUUCGGCGAUUCGAUGGUUCCCGAAAUCGGCCCACCUGUUGCUGUCCUGUAGCAUGGAUGCCCGUGUUAAGCUGUGGGAGGUUUACAACGAGCGGCGCUGUGUGCGGACCUAUUCCGGACAUCGGCAGGCUGUGCGGGACAUCAGUUUCAAUAAUCGAGGCGAACGGUUCGUCUCGGCCGGUUACGAUCGCUACCUGAAGCUUUGGGACACCGAAACCGGGGACGUAAUUUCACGGUUCAGCUCCCGAAAGAUUCCGUUCUGUGUGAAGUUUCAUCCGGAUUUCAACAAGCAGCACCUGUUUGUGGCCGGGACGUCCGAUAAGAAGAUUAUUUGUUGGGACACUCGAAGCGGCGAAAUCGUUCAGGAGUACGAUCGGCACUUGGGCGCGGUUAACACAAUCACUUUCGUGGAUGAAAAUCGUCGAUUCGUGACCACGUCCGACGACAAAAGUAUGCGCGUCUGGGAAUGGGACAUUCCGGUGGACAUGAAGUACAUUGCCGAUCCGACGAUGCACUCGAUGCCGGCCGUCACGCUGGCACCGAAUGGGAAGUGGUUGGCCUGCCAGAGUCUGGACAACAAGAUUGUCAUUUUCUCGGCCAUCAAUCGAUUCAAGAUGAACCGGAAAAAAUCCUUUUCCGGUCACAUGGUGUCCGGCUAUGCUUGUAAUUUAGACUUUUCACCGGAUAUGAGCUAUCUUGUAUCCGGAGAUGGAGACGGAAAGUGCUACAUUUGGGACUGGAAGACAACGAAGCUGUACAAGAAGUGGCAAGCACACGAAAAUGUCUGCAUUGCUGCCCUCUGGCAUCCGCACGAAUCUAGCAAACUGGCAACGGCUGGAUGGGACGGUUCCAUCAAGUAUUGGGAUUAGUGGGAAACAAUUUGUUAUUAAUUAUGAAAAUAAAAAAAAAAGGUCGGAAGCUCAAAACUCAUUUGUUUC